GUGUUAUUACAAGCUAGCAAAUGUGAACGUUAAAUGGGUAGCUGGGCUAGUUAGCUUUAGCCUGCUCCCACUGGAGAUGCAAGGAGAAGAAGAGGGAGAAGGAGAAGAAGAGGAGGAGGAGGAGGGGUUGAGACUGUUGAGGCAACAUGGCCAGAAAAAUGAACAAAGCUGCAGUCUGACAGCCUCUUUGUGACAGUGUUUUAGUCAGGCAUAAUAAACACUUGACAUUUCAAGCGGUGGUAGCUUUGGAGGCUUUUGCUAGCAGGCAGCUACCUCGGCGUGGACUUUCUUUCUCCCCACAUGUGUCCCACUUUAAAAGGACUAACCUCUCCGACUCGGUGUCUGUCUGAGAGCUCGGCGUACAGCAGCUGUGCAGAGGCAAGAGGCUGUCAGCUCCACCGGCUCUGUGUGACUUUAACGUGUUAUGUCAACGGGAACAGUAACUAUUGAGGAAACUACUUUUUUAACCUUGCGCACCGGUUGCCAGUUUCUUUCAAAGUUUGCACGCAAUGUCAGCUGGAUUUCAAAAGACGAGGGAGAUUGUUCUGUGAAGUAACACACGCGGCAGAUAUUUUUAGCUUUAAUUAGCCCAGUUCUGUGUAAAGCAACAAGUUAGAAAUAUGAUGCAACUGUCACAUUUCAGCAGGGGGGGGUCCAGAAACGAGCUUACACCUUGUCAUCAAGGUGUGGUCUUGGCGAGGGUAUGGAGCACCCUGUACACAGAGGGGAGACAAUGCCCAUCGUACUGCAUGACAGCCACCAACACUCCUUUGUGGUUUGGACAACCCACUCUCUCCUCGCUGCCUGUCCGACUUACCACCUGACGGGAUCCCUCGUGGAGGACGACGACGCUCACAUGAAAGUUGCUCUGGGCUAUGGUGAUAUGGGCAUCUCUGCCCACCUUCAGGCAUCAAAGACAGGAAACACUCGAUUUUUCACAAGCAACACACACAGCUCAGUGGUUCUUCAGGGAUUUGACCAGCUGAGGAUAGAAGGUUUACUAUGUGACGUCACACUGGUGGCUGGGGACGGUGAUGAAGCUUUCCCUGUACACCGCGCCAUGAUGGCCUCCUCCUCCGACUAUUUCAAAGCCAUGUUCACAGGUGGAAUGAAAGAACAGGAUUUAAUGUGCAUCAAGCUUCACGGAGUCAAUCGAAUAGGCCUGAAGAAAAUCAUUGACUUUAUCUACACAGCCAAGUUGUCACUCAACAUGGAGAAUCUGCAAGACACACUUGAGGCAGCCAGCUUCUUACAAAUUCUCCCUGUGCUGGACUUCUGCAAGGUUUUUCUUAUAUCUGGGGUUUCUCUUGACAACUGUGUAGAGGUGGGGCGCAUUGCCAACACGUAUAACCUCACAGAGGUGGACAAAUAUGUCAACAAUUUCAUCCUGAAGAACUUCCCUUCGCUGCUGGGCACGGGAGAGUUUGUCAAGCUACCAUUUGAAAGGUUGGCUUUUGUACUGUCCAGCAACAGCUUGAAACACUGCACUGAGUUGGACCUGUUCAAGGCUGCUUGCCGCUGGCUACGCUAUGAAGACGGUCGUAUGGACUAUGCCCCAAAGCUCAUGAAGAACAUCCGUUUUCCCCUAAUGAACCCACAAGAGCUCAUCAAUCACGUGCAGACAGUGGACUUUAUGCGCACGGACAACACGUGUGUCAACCUUCUCCUGGAGGCUAGCAACUACCAAAUGAUGCCCUACAUGCAGCCAGUUAUGCAGUCAGAACGGACAGCCAUCCGCUCAGACAGUGCCCACCUGGUCACCCUGGGUGGUGUUCUGCGUCAGCAGCUAGUUGUGAGUAAAGAGCUGCGUCUUUUUGAUGAGAAGGCUCAUGAGUGGAAGGCACUGGCACCCAUGGAUGCACCCCGCUACCAACACGGCAUUGCAGUCAUCGGCAACUUUCUCUACGUGGUGGGUGGCCAAAGCAACUACGACACCAAAGGCAAGACGGCAGUGGACACCGUGUUCCGGUAUGACCCUCGCUACAACAAGUGGAUGCAGGUGGCGUGCCUUAAUGAGAAACGUACCUUCUUCCACCUCAGUGCGCUCAAGGGACACCUCUACGCUGUUGGUGGAAGGAACGCCGCCGGGGAGCUCGCUACUGUGGAGUGCUACAACCCAAGGACAAAUGAAUGGACAUAUGUUGCCAAAAUGAAUGAGCCACAUUAUGGCCAUGCUGGGACGGUGUAUGGCGGUUAUAUGUAUAUUUCAGGGGGAAUCACUCAUGACACUUUUCAGAAGGAAUUGAUGUGCUUCGACCCAGAUGCGGAUAAAUGGACUCAGAAAGCACCUAUGACGACAGUGCGCGGCCUCCACUGCAUGUGCACUGUGGGCGACCGGCUUUACGUUAUCGGGGGAAAUCACUUCCGGGGCACCAGCGACUACGACGACGUGCUGAGCUGCGAAUACUACUCCCCCGCCCUCGACUUGUGGACACCUAUCGCUGCCAUGUUGCGGGGCCAGAGCGACGUGGGCGUGGCCGUGUUUGAGAAUAAGAUCUAUGUGGUGGGUGGCUACUCGUGGAACAAUCGCUGCAUGGUGGAAAUAGUACAGAAGUACGACCCAGAGAAAGACGAAUGGCACAAAGUGUUUGACUUACCCGAGUCGCUGGGCGGGAUCCGAGCCUGCACACUCACAGUUUUUCCCCCAGAGGAUCUCUCGGGCUCACCCUCCAGAGAGUCGCCACUCUCAGCACCUUGA